AUGGACAGUAGAGACGCCGCCGCGGUGGACUCUGCCGAUGUGGUCAUGGCGGCUCCCGCCACUCCCCCUCCAGCCACUUCUUCGUUUUCUUGCACGACUCUGUUCUCGUCCAACUUUGUCCAGCGGGUCCUCUCCGCGUCGGUGCUGGCGCCAUCCGUCAUCUAUUUUAUCCUAACUGGUUCCAAUACAGCUGUGCUGACUUUGGGCGCCGCUGUCGUGUCGAUCUUUUGA